AUCUCUCAUAAACCUCUAGCUCUCUCUAGUCAAAUCUUGCUUGAGUCAUCGUUUAUCUUAUAGGGGUUCUACUCCAUACCAUUAUACACUAUACAUUUUUACAUUAUUACAUACUGAAGAGAUCAACAAUAGCAUAAGACUUGAAGAUUGUUCUGCGUACGGACUUAACAUGUCGGGAAAACUAGACGGCGGAGAUAAGGGCAAGGGCAAGGUGCAAGGGAGACGCAGAGCGCUCUAUACUCCACGAGACACGGAUGUUAGAGAGUACCCUAAGAAUGUCUUUGAAUAUGUAGCUCACGGGAUAUUUGGGGACCCUGACCACAAAUGGGGCCCGUUUGCCAGGCAUGUCCGGGCGGCUAAGAAGGAAGGACGUUGGAAUGAGUGGAGGCUUCGUGAUAUCGUGAAUGAGGAACCUGAUGAUUCGAGCGAUGAAUCAGAUGACCACCACAGGAGGCGAGGCAAAAAUUCACGAAAAGGCUCGCAAAGAUAUAAAAUAGCCGAAGAGCUAAGACACGAUAGUCGUCCUGCACAUAUCGACUUCGAACAGCUUCUCGGUCGCAUAGCCCACCCUGGCGAUUACGAUGAUGACUUCUAUAAGACGCACUACGCCAACCUAUACACCAAAACGGUAGAGUUCGCGACUAAGUGGUUCGACGGCAACGUGAACUUGGACAACUUCAGCCACCCGGCCCAGAUCUGGACUGCUAAUAUGACGGAGCAAUUUGCUGAAUACACCCGCCUGGUUGCUCACGAAGAUCGAGGAAACGGCGGAUGGCCCAUCAUAUUAAAUGAUGCGACGCAGCGGAAAUGGCUUAUUGUUGGCAUCCUCGGCCAGGUUAUGGAGAAGAAGAUUUUUAACGAGCUGCUGUUCGGAGCGGACGAAGAUACCGAAGAGGAAUUAGAGAGACUCGACUUUAAGUGGAUGGAAAAAGAAGGAUACGAUCGUAAGACCGCUCGUGCUAUCACUGCGAGGUAUGGUGUAGAAGGGGGACUACUCCCAGCAGACUUCUGGCCCACGGUCGACGAGCUGACGGCCAAGACCAUGAAUAUAUUCCUACCGUUCCUGAACGUUUUCAAGGAAGUCCUUCCGGGACAGGUAAACACGUGGUACUCGAAAGCGGUAUUCUUGCAAGAACUGCACACAUUAAUUUCGUACGCGGGCAUGAUUCAAGUCUGCAUGGCCAUCUCGCCUUCUAUUUUCCAUUUCCUCUCCGCCACGCCCGGCGCCCGCAUGGACUACGGGCAGGAGGAGCAGGCCGAUAUGCAGCUGUACCGCGAAUCUAAGGAGCUGUACGAGGGAGAGGAUAGAGUCUGGAGAGAAUACGUCGACGCCGCCGUGAAGGGCGCCCGCGUCAACAGGCGUGUUCAGCAGCCGAUCCAGAUACCCCAGAACGAAAAUGAACGCCGCGUCAUGGAGUACCACAGGAUUCGCGGCGCCAAGGUCAAGUUCGCAGUGUUCCCCAAGGUCACGCGCUACAGGCCUUAUAACAAGGGCAAAGGCACCACUGAAGCUACUCUCGAGUAUGACCCUACAGAUGAGGCCUGGGUGGAUGAGCGAAAUGAAAUCGAAGGCCAAAGCAUUAUCGAUAUCUCAAACUGCAUGGUUGUUUACUACCAGGGCUUGAUUUACCCAGAGGACGACUACGUCGAGGCCAUAACUCUUGAUGAGCAUUUGAAUACGCUUCUCUGGCAGCCGAACGGCCUAUACGGACUAGUUGAGUCAGGCUUCUUAGUCCUGUUCGGCGCGUCCAGAAGGGCGUUCUGGCAUGCUUUGGUGGUCGGCGGGUUCCUCUGGGGUAUAUUCUCGGUGUAUAAGGGUUUCGACUACAUUACAUAUCUCGUCAACUUCUGGCUCAUCCCUCUCCUCUGGAUUUCUUGCUGCACGUAUUUCCUCGCCAAGCCUCACAUAGAGCAGGGAAAUUGGAAGAAGGGCGGACUUAUUAUUGGCACGUGGGUAUCGUUCAUAUACCUCGUCGGCGCUUACUACACUUACACGGGUGCUGAGCCCCCGCCGCGCGACUCGAGAGUAGGCUGGGACUUCUUGGGAGGUCACAUCAACGAAACCCUUGGCGAUAGACUUAGGGAUUUAUUGAAGCAAAAGGAGGCUGAGGUACUAUAGAAGAACGUAUGAGCUAGUGGAGGGAUGGGGAGACGGGGAGACGUAGAGACGUGGGUCUCGGUGAUUGGUAGUGGUUAUAGAACGGGGAUAGAGUGAUGACGAUGGUUAUUACGGUGGUGACUGCGGUGGUGGUGCACACGGUUUGGUGUUCGGUUUGGUAUUGUUAUUUAUUGUUUUAGUUCAUUAAUGGUAUUUUUGCUUUGC